GGGGAAUGAAUUUGGAUUGAGAUUGAAUAUUGGCAAGACACGUAAGACAGGCACCAACCUCCGCGGCUGCAGCCAGGAACCACCGCCGUCGAAUGCUCUUUAUCGGUUCCAACGUCACCUAAUAGAACAAAGGCCGUCACCUCCGUCCCCGUCGCCAUCCCUCCCAACCUCUCCCGUUCUGUCAUUCGUCCCCUCCUCAUUUUAUCCUUUCGAAUCGUUGCUCAACCUCAUCGGCUGUCGUGCAAUGGCCAGGAAGAAGAUCAGAGAGUACGACUCUAAGAGGCUCCUCAAAGAGCACCUCAAGAGAGUCGCAGCCAUUGAUCUUAAUAUCCGCUGCGCUCAGAGUUAUAUGGUCACUCGAAAGUUCUCUGUCUUGAGUUCAUCCCUUAUCUGCUCUGUACUAAACCACGUUGUAAUCCAGGUGACGCAAUCGACAGACUUUGCUGAGCUGACUAAUCAACAACCAUGGCUUUCAUCCACAAAAUUGGUUGUGAAGCCCGAUAUGUUGUUCGGCAAGCGGGGGAAGAGUGGCUUCGUGGCUCUGAAUCUAGAUGUUGCCCAAGUGGUAGAAUUUGUUAAAGCUCGCCUUGGUGUUGAGGUUGAAAUCGGUGGCUGCAAGGCACCUAUAACCACAUUUAUCGUCGAACCAUUUGUUCCUCACGACCAAGAGUAUUACCUAUCAAUUGUCUCUGAAAGGCUGGGCUGCACCAUCAGCUUCUCAGAAUUCGGAGGCAUCGAGAUUGAAGCGAAUUGGGAUAAGGUUAAGACUAUAUUCCUUCCGGCAGAGAAACCUUUGACACUCGAGGCAUGUGCUCCUCUGAUAGCUACGCUUCCUCUGGAGGUCCGGGGAAAAAUUGGUGAUUUCAUAAUGGGUGUAUUUUCUGUCUUUCAAGAUCUGGAUUUCAGUUUCCUAGAGAUGAAUCCCUUUACACUGCUGGAUGAGAAGCCAUAUCCAUUGGAUAUGAGAGGUGAAUUGGAUGAUACUGCUGCGUUCAAGAACUUCAAGAAGUGGGGUAAUUUAGAGUUCCCAUUGCCUUUUGGAAGAGUUCUGAGCCCUGCAGAAAGUUUCAUUCAUUCCCUGGACGAAAAGACAAGUGCUUCCUUGAAAUUUACUGUAUUGAACCCAAAAGGACGUAUUUGGACAAUGGUAGCUGGAGGAGGUGCAAGUGUUAUUUAUGCCGAUACUGUUGGAGAUUUAGGUUAUGCAUCAGAGCUUGGCAACUAUGCUGAGUAUAGUGGAGCUCCAAAUGAGGAGGAGGUGCUGCAGUAUGCAAGAGUCGUGAUUGAUUGUGCUACUGCAGAUCCUGAUGGUCGUAAGAGAGCCCUUCUUAUUGGAGGUGGCAUUGCAAACUUCACAGAUGUUGCUGCCACAUUCAGUGGGAUCAUUCGAGCCCUGAAAGAGAAGGAGUCAAAGCUUAAAGCAGCAAGAAUGAACAUUUAUGUUAGAAGAGGUGGUCCAAACUAUCAGAUUGGUUUGGCAAAGAUGCGCGCCCUGGGUGAGGAACUGGGGGUGCCAAUUCAGGUUUACGGGCCGGAGGCCACGAUGACCAUCAUCUGCAAACAGGCCAUUGAUUGCAUCAUGUCUGAAGCAUAAAGCCGCAAUCAUUUGCCCCAUUAUGUGUUUUAUUUUCAUCCCAACUUGGGGUAGUUUUCAUAAACUCGGUGAAGCUGUUGGCAUUUAAAAAAAAAUAAAAAAUCAUAAACUCGGUGAAGCGAAAUAGGGGUAGAUGCUCAAAUUGUUCUUAUAUUUACCCCCUCGUGUGAUUUAACUGUUGUGUUUUUAUGUGCCUUCAUGGCCAUGGGAACAUGAAUUGUCAUCGCAUCUUUUUCCGAGAGAAAUUUGUGAAAACUGUAAUUUUAGUUGAUGACAUUUUUAAAGUGUGUCAAUAUCCAUGUGGUUUUCUAUCAAGGACCAGCCUGCGAGGAGUUCAGGUUUCAUAUUUA